AUGGCACAUAUUCGCAGUCCUGGCGAUGAAGAGGAUGAUGAGGAUGCAAGCGAGGGCAGUUGUGAAUCCUUGAAGUCACCUCUUAAGACCACGCUUGAGGCCUUACCGGCAGGGGACGAAGCACCGGAAAGAAUAGGACUCAAACAGGCCUGUCAGCGACAAAUAACCCGAGCUGCCUACGAAACUAUAACCCGGCAGUUGAGUGACUUUGCUACGCUGCCAGUUGCAGAUAAGCAGGUUGCCUUCACGCAGCUUAAUGUCCGCAGAGCGCGGUUCAUUUUUGGCUCGCAGUAUCUGGAUAGCCAAAAGGCGACAGUCAAGACGCUACCGUCACUCCUUGGAUGGAAGCAAAACGGAAAAAUGAAGAAUUAUUCAGGAGGGAUGAACAUAGAUCGAGACUGUGUCAACAACAGCAAUGUUAUUAAUGAACAAGAAUUUGUCGAUGUACUAAUUGAAGGACGUCAGGAACCCAAAAUAAUUUGUACGGUACCCCGGGAACAGAGAAAACAAAAUGCAUAG